AUGUCCAACGCAUCUGAAGAAGAGUCGUCCCAGAGCACUCCUCAUCAGCAAUUACAAAUGGGAGGUUGCAUGCCUGUCUCAAGCAAAGGAGACACAAGUGCACCCGUGACAAAGAAGAGACGAAGCCUUCCAGGCAAUCCAGGCAAGGAGCAUAUCCAACUUGUAGACCCGGACGCGGAGGUGAUAGCUCUUUCUCCCAGGACCCUUUUAGCAACAAACCGGUACAUAUGUGAAGUGUGUCAUAAAGGCUUUCAGAGGGAUCAGAACCUUCAGCUACACAGGAGGGGUCAUAACCUUCCAUGGAAGCUGAAACAAAGGAGCGGUGCAGAAGCUAAGAAGAGGGUAUAUAUCUGCCCUGAGGAGAGCUGCACUCACCAUGACCCAAGCCGGGCUCUAGGUGACUUGACAGGCAUCAAGAAGCAUUACUCGAGAAAGCAUGGGGAGAAGAAAUGGAAGUGCGACAAGUGCUCCAAGAGAUACGCAGUUCAAUCGGACUGGAAGGCUCAUGCAAAGGUAUGCGGCACUAAAGAAUACCGCUGCGAUUGUGGAACGAUUUUUUCAAGGAAGGAUAGCUUCGUGACUCACCGAGCAUUCUGCGAUGCACUGACUGAAGAGAACUACAGAAUAAAUCACGGUCUCGCCGCCAUGGUUGGAAGCUUGCAUAGCCAGGCACAAGCAGUGCCUAGUUUGCAUCCCUCCACCACAGAUACAAUUACAAACCCAUCCAACUCUGAUCGGAAUUCAAACAACCCUCUAAGAUCCUUAUCACUAAAUCCUUCAAUUCCAGGCAGCUCCGAUAUGCUUUUCAAUCAAAGCACGACACGCACUGCUUGUCUCCAGCUUAGUGGAAGUGGAUCGAGCAGUCACCACAUGUCGAUGGGCUCUCCUUUCAUGUCCGCAACCGCUUUGCUCCAGAAAGCGGCGGAGAUGGGAGCGAAGGUCAGCGAUGAUUCAAUUUCUCCUAUACUUCUCAGAGGUUUCACGGGCUACUCAGCUGCACCCAGAGCAUCGGGGUCUCUCAAGCAGCCUCUUAGCGGUCAUGGUGAUGUUUCUUCUCAGUGCCUGGGCUCCUCCAUAGAGGAAGGCUCCGCAGCUCGUAAUCUGGGAUUGAUGUCCGCAACAUCCGGUGGUUCGUAUGUCGAAAACCAAAGCGCCCUUCAGGCGAACUCAAAAUGGACUACCAGUGAUUACAGACCUCCAGCAUUCUCUCAGAGUGGACUGGUUGGCCUCUCUCUUCCAAUGAGAGCAGAAAACCAGACUUCCAUGGCUGUUUUGGGAGGACAGAUGCAGCAAAGCACUUGCGAAGAGAUUGCGGGGGAUAGAGAAGUGAGAAUGACUCAGGAUUUCCUUGGCUUGGGACCCCUUGGAGAUGCAGGCUUUGGCAAUCCUAGCUAUGAUGAGAGUGCAGUUGCGCUAAAUUAUUCGGAUGGGCAGCAGCCAAGUGGACAUGGAAUGUAUCCUUAUCAUCAGAUGUCUGAUGGUUCAGCUGCGCUGGAGAAACCAAUAUGGGAUUUCUAGGUGGACAUGACCGGUUUUAUUUCAAUCUGCUAGUUUUUGUUGGCUCAUCACUGAAGCAGUUUUGUAGUAGAGGUUCGUUGUUGGUAAGUAGUAUUUUAGCAGUAAACUUUUUUUUUUUUUUUGAUGAU